AUGAGUGCGGUGUCGCUGAAGCCCGCUCUGCGUCAUGACGUCACAGAAUGGACCAGAAACAACCUGGAGCUGAGCAGCGUCGCAGAACACCAGAGACAUGUGUCCCACAUGGUCCGACAGGAGGGGAGGGGGCUGCGGAACCAGACCAACUGCCAGACAAACUGGGACGAGGCGGACACAAACCAGAACCUCGGGGCCCGGGUCUGGGACGUGUCCGUUUGGAGAGAGGCUCUGGACGUUUGUGCAAAGAAAGUGGACGAAGAGAUGGACGCGCUGACUCUGGUGACGCCAACACUGUUUCAUCUCACUUUAUACAGACAUCAUUCACUGCACACAGUGCUGCCCUGGGGCAGACAGAGAGGCGAGCCUUAUCAUCUGCCCUGGGGCAGACAGAGAGACGAGCCUUAUCAUCUGCCCUGGGGCAGACAGAGAGACGAGCCUUAUCAUCUGCCCUGGGGCAGACAGAGAGGCGAGCCUUAUCAUCUGCCCUGGGGCAGACAGAGAGACGAGCCUUAUCAUCUGCCCUGGGGCAGACAGAGAGACGAGCCUUAUCAUCUGCCCUGGGGCAGACAGAGAGACGAGCCUUAUCAUCUGCCCUGGGGCAGACAGAGAGACGAGCCUUAUCAUCUGCCCUGGGGCAGACAGAGAGGCGAGCCUUAUCAUCUGCCCUGGGGCAGACAGAGAGGCGAGCCUUAUCAUCUGCCCUGGGGCAGACAGAGAGACGAGCCUUAUCAUCUGCCCUGGGGCAGACAGAGAGACGAGCCUUAUCAUCUGCCCUGGGGCAGACAGAGAGGCGAGCCUUAUCAUCUGCCCUGGGGCAGACAGAGAGGCGAGCCUUAUCAUCUGCCCUGGGGCAGACAGAGAGACGAGCCUUAUCAUCUGCCCUGGGGCAGACAGAAAGACGAGCCUUAUCAUCUGCCCUGGGGCAGACAGAGAGACGAGCCUUAUCAUCUGCCCUGGGGCAGACAGAGAGGCGAGCCUUAUCAUCUGCCCUGGGGCAGACUGAGGGAGACGAGCCUUAUCAUCUGCCCUGGGGCAGACAGAGAGGCGAGCCUUAUCAUCUGCCCUGGGGCAGACAGAGCGACGAGCCUUAUCAUCUGCCCUGGGGCAGACAGAGAGACGAGCCUUAUCAUCUGCCCUGGGGCAGACAGAGAGGCGAGCCUUAUCAUCUGCCCUGGGGCAGACAGAGAGACGAGCCUUAUCAUCUGCCCUGGGGCAGACAGAGGGACGAGCCUUAUCAUCUGCCCUGGGGCAGACAGAGAGGCGAGCCUUAUCAUCUGCCCUGGGGCAGACAGAGAGACGAGCCUUAUCAUCUGUGCCAUCAGGCCCUCUGCCCUGGGGCAGACUGAGGGAGACGAGCCUUAUCAUCUGUGCCAUCAGACUCUCCACCACCAGUCCUUCACCAGACUCACACUGGGUCCUUGUAAGCAGCAGCUGGAGCAGGCCCUGGCCUCCACAGAGCUCCCCCUGGAGGUGGUCUCUGAGUGCCUGACCCUGAGGGAGGGGAGGGCGGGACCCGAGCUGGUCCUGGACCCUGCAGACCUCCAGCUGAAGAACGAGACCUCUCUGAUCCAGAAGGUCCAGUCCAGUCUGCAGCAGCUCAUAGACCAGGCCUUCGAGCACCUCUGUGUUCUCCAAGAGCACCGUCAGCAGCUCACGGAGGAUCUCCAAAACAAGAUGGACGCCCUGGACAUUGACACGGCCUGUUUGUCGCUCACACGGACAUCUCCUCAAAUAUCGCUCAAACCCAACCCCACACGGACCCCCUCAGGCUGCUGCUCUCCUGAAGAGUGGCUGCAGUUCAGUCGCUACAACAUCGCUCGAGCGCAGGAGGCCAUGCACCUGUCGCAGCAGAUGCGGACGGAGAUGAGGCUCUCGCUAGCACAGCUUCAAAAUGAGUUGGACGCACAACGCAGCGCCACAGAGUUCUCUCUCCGCAAACGCACUCAUCACGAGCAGCAGGCGAAGGACGCGCUGGACUGGCAGAUCCAGAAGACGGAGAGGGAGAUGUGUGAGAUGGAAGCCGACAUUAAGGGGCUGGAUGCAGAUUUACAGGCGAAAACGGCGUCACUGAAACUGGCUCACACUCGACUGGAGAACAGGACCCAGAGACCAGGGAUGGACCUCUGCAGAGACCAGGUCCAGCACGGGCUCAUUUAUGAAGUCAGCCAACUGGAAGCCACGAUCAUGUCUCUCAAACAGAAGCUGGCAGAAGCUCAAUCCUCGCUGCAGACCUGUCGGCUGCACCACAGCCGGAUGCUCCAGGACUUGUCCCGUAAAGACCAGGCCCUGUCCCUGGAGCAGCGCAGCCUCCGCACUCGGACCCGUCUCCGGUCUCCCCCUCUGGGCACAGACCGGGCCCCGGUGCCUCUGGUCCCUCUCACCAACUCCAGUGGGAGGGGCCUCCUGCUCCAGCAGUAG